AUGCACUUCCAAUCUUGCUUGAUGUCGGUCUUGGCCGCCGGUUCGGCCAUGGCCCACAUGUACCUCAAGGAUCCCAUUUCCCUUGAGAACAAGGACAACCCCAACACCCUCCCGGCUCACAUCGACUACACUCCCACCGCCCCGAUCACCCAGGCACAGUACCCUUGCAAGGGCUACACCAGCCUCCUUGGCACCUCCGAGGCUGCUUCCGUCAAGACCUACGCCCCUGGCCAGCAAGCUUCCCUGAGCAUCGGAGGAACCGCUUCUCACAACGGUGGCUCGUGCCAACUCUCCCUCUCCUACGACAAGGGCAAAACUUUCACCGUCAUCAAGUCCUGGAUUGGAAACUGUCCCACCGCCAGUGGCGGCACCUUCGACUUCACCAUUCCUUCUGACGCUCCCGAGGCCGAUGAGGUGGUCUUCGCCUGGACCUGGGUAAAUAAGUCUGGCAACCGCGAAUACUACAUGUCCUGUGCUGUCGUCUCCAUCAAGGGCACUAGCAAGCGCGAGGUUUCCGACAUCCCCAAGCGCGCCACUGUCGCCUUUGCCGGCCGCCCGCAGGUCUUCCAGGCCAACUUGGGCGGAGAGUACUGCACCAAGGAAGGCGUCGACACUGUAUUCCCCAACCCGGGCCCUGAUGUCGAGAACACAUCGACCACCCCCGGCCCGCCCACUCUCUGCGCUACUGGAGCCGAUGCCCCUGUAGGCGAUGCAGGUAGCUCGGGCUCGGGCUCGGGCUCAGGAUCAAGUUCCGGCUCAGGAUCAGCUUCCGGCUCUUCGUCUGCUGCCCAGGAACCCGAGCCCUCAACUACUGCGUCCGCUGCAGGAACCACAGCUUCCCUUGGCGGUGUUUUCCUCACGACCAACUUGGGAGGUACCCCCACGACCCUGGCCACGGCCACUUCGGUAGCUGCUGUUCCCACGACUCCAGUUGCUGUCCCGACAAGUUCGGCCGCGGCUGGUGGCUCAGCGACUGCCAGUGCUUCGGCUCCGGCCAACUCUGGCGCUGUUCAGGGACAACAGACUGGCCCCUGCACCCAGGAAGGAGCGUGGAGCUGCAUUGACGGUGCGAACUUCCAGCGCUGUGCCUCUGGUCAGUGGUCGGCUGUGAUAGCCAUGGCUGCCGGCACAAAGUGCACCGUCGGUGUUUCAGACAACCUUCAGAUGGGCCGCAGACGCGACCGUGUGAACCGCCGAAGCGCUGGUGCCUGGGGCUGGUAA